AUGGUUGGCUCCUUUAUCGGUCAAUCUCUGCCGUAUUUCAUUGGCCACUGGCUGUUCCACGCGCGUGUGCAAGCGUGGUUGGCUGAGCACCCACGAAACGCUGCUGUACUGCGAUUGGCUGAGGCCGGCGGCUGGUGGCAUCAGUACCGGGUCACGUUGCUGCUACGCUUCUCCCCGUUUCCGUUCCUCCUCUUCAAUUACGCUGUAACGGCCACUCGCAUCCAGUACGCGCCCUACAUCAGCGCAUCGAUGACUGCCAUGAUUCCCGAAGCCUUCUUCACCAUCUACUGUGGUCGGCUGAUCAGUGAUCUGGCGGAGGCCCACAAGAGGCACAUCACAGCGGUGGAGCUGGUGUACGAGCUGAUGGGGUUGGCAGCAGCAGGGGUGGUGCUGCUGCUGCUCAUGGUGCAUGGCAAGAGGGCUCUGCAGCAGUUAGAGGAGGAGGAGAGAGCCAAGCAAAAGGGGCUUGAGAUGGAACAGGUGGUUUGUAUAGGUGCCAAUGGGGCGGGUGUGGUGGAAAAUGGUGCUGCUGUUGCGUUUGAUGGGGUGGAAUUGCCUGCUGCUGAGGUGGCACUUAUUGCUGAUGACUCUCAGAGUGCAUCUGGGAGGGAUGGAGUAGCUCAGCAGGGGAGGCAGGCUUAUUGUCAAAGCAUUCAGGUGGAUUUCCCUCUGGAUGUCAAGAGCACACAAGGGGCUUUACGGGCCAACAUGAAUCCCUCUUUCGUGAUACACGAAUCUGAGGCACAUGAAGAGGGUGGUGCAGAGGGAGAUGGGCUCCUUGGCGCAGAGUUCAUCGCUGCAGUGGAAGGCAGUCUGCGCCAGUGGCUGUCGGAAGGCUCUGCGGCCCUCGUGCAGUCAGGAGCAGCGCGGCCAGUGGAGGGAAUGCCGCUGAUGGUGUAUGUGGAGGCGGAGCACGCGCAGGGCCACAAGAACUACCGCCUCACCUACUACUUCCAGGUGUCACUGGCGAGCAGCAACAGCGUGCAUCCGACGGUGGCGGCGGAGACAGCAGCAGCACUGAAGCGCAUUGCGUCCAUCUCCGCCACGGGCCGCCCCAGCCCCUGGGAGAAGGCCGUGCACCCGCUGCAGCUCUGGUUCGGCAUCCAAGAGUUUGUGGUGCUGGCACCCGUGACAGCAUCUGGGGUUGUGCUGGACUCGCCUGAAGCCUCCAUGCUCCUUAGCACGCUCGCCAUCGCCUCGUGUAACACCGAGUGCUCCCUGCCAUCCUUCGUCCCGGUACACGACCCCUCCCGCAAGGCCUUCAUUGGCUUCCAGCACGGUCCCCGAGCCACCCGCACUGGUGCGGGCUCAGGCUCGGGCCGAGGCAUGCGGUCAGGUCCGGGCGCGGGAGGAGGCACGGUGGGAGGGGUGGGCGCGGGGGGCGUGGGCGACUACCUGUUUCACUACGAGGCGGACCGCAUCACCAGCAACGUGCCUCAGAACCUGCUGUCUCUCGACGGCCUUUACUACCUCUUUGCGUUCAAGCUGAUAGCAGAGCUCCCCAGCACCGUAGCAUCAGUGUCCCCUGACGUCACCGUGGCCAUGCGCAUCCGCUACCGCCUCCGCUACUGGGGCUCCCCGGACGCGCCCCCGCCCUCCAAGACCCGCCCAGCAGAAGCAGGCGCAGGCGCGGGGAGCGAGGAGGGCGCAGGCGCAGGGGUGGAGGAGGAGGACGAGUUCUGGGGGCAGGAGAGGGCGUGGGACGAGGGCAUGGCGUGGAGUGUGUGGCACUCGGUGGACGAUCCGGUGAAGGGGUUUGAGCUGGUGGCCACGUGGAAGGAGCUCAGGGCGAGUAGUUCGUCAGGCAUGGCCCAGAUGGAGCAGCUCGAUGCCACUACCGCGGAUGAGUGGCUGCUGCGCGCACUGCUCGCCCCCACCAGGACUGACUUUGACAGUGACGACCCCCCUCAGGGCUUUGCUGGACGGCUGCAUGCACUGCUGGGGGCGUACGUGGUGUCCACCACAGGCCAGUACAUGGAAGACUUUAUAGCGGCUCAGAACUUUGCGCGGCGCAACAACAUGACCAUCCCGCCGCCCAGUGUCAUGGAGCGAGUGGUCAAGGACCUCUUCCACUCCAAGGAGGCGCUGGCGUCAGUGGCGAAGUACAUGGGGAAGGCGUCAGAACAGCAGGAGGCGAGCCUGCUGCCUGACGCUGACCGUGGCACCAUCACCACCGCCAGCAGCGUCAUCAGCAGCAUCAGCGCCACCGACACCAGCGCCACUGGCAGUGGGGUGAAGGGUCCCGGGGGAGAGGGAGCAGCGGGGGCAGGAGCGGAGGGAGGCGGAGCAGAAGGUGCAGGGGGAGAAGGGGUGGAGGAGAAUGGGCUGAGUGGCAAGUUCAAGGGGGCGACGCACAUUGGCAAGGCUGCGCCGGUGGAUUCGCUCUUUUCCCGCCUCGCUCUGCAUGUGCUGCGCUUUGGCACCUGCAACAUCAGAUGUGAGCCACCCCCGCCCGCCUCGUCCAUGCCACCUGUGGCCUCGGGUAUCUUUCGCUUGCUCUUUGAAAACCCUUCCUUUCCUUUUCCCCUCAUGUCCCCCAGCCGUGGCUGGAAUUUACUCGCGAGCUGCGGUGAAACUGCCACGGGAGAGGAGGCGGCUUGUGCAUAUGAUGCGGCUGUGAUCAAGAGGGAUGGCCCAGAUGCCAUGAAUAACGCUACUAUGACACUUGCCGCGUCCCCUCUCGUUGCUCUCUCAUCCCUAACCCUCUGCCCCCUUGCACUCCCUUCUGGCCCUCUUUCAGCUGUGGCGGCGCUGUGGCUGGAGUUCACGCGUGAGCUGAGGUGGAACUGGGAGCAGGCGCUGCCCAUCCCUCGAGUCAUUGCAGACGGGCCUCCCAACACCGCCACCUGCCUCAUCCACCAGAAGCUGCAGCUGCUGCAGGAGUGCAUUAAGCGGCGGCGCAAGCAGCAGGAGCGGGAAAUGGAGGAGCGCAUGCGUCACGCCGAGCGCAUGCACCAAAUCGCCGCCGCCAAGCUUGUAGGCGAGCGCGUGGAGGAGCUUGUAAGGGGUACAGCACUCGACGACGGCCCGGCUCGCGCUGACUCGCCGCCAGGGAGGGGCGGCAGGAGGCGAGGCAGCGGGAGGGAGAGGGGAGGGAGGGGGAGUGACAGGAGGGGUGGGAGGGAUGAGGAGGAGUGGGAGGGGAUGGAGAGGUCUGGGAGUGAAGGAGGCGGCUGGCAUGAUGGAAGGGCGGGCCGGGGGCGGGGAGGACGCGGGUGGGACAAUGGCGACGGGGCGAGCCCGCACCACGACGACAAGACGGCCUCGGGGGACUCGGACACGCACGGGUCGCACGACGUGGCGUUCUAUGAUGAGGGGGGUGUGGCUGAUGGCGACUCGCCUUCCCACCGCAGCGAAGAGGACCUUGAUGAAUAUUUCAGCGAGAGCGACGUAUCGGACGACGACACCUGGGCGGAGAGGGGCCGCACGAGCCACGGCCUCACGGGGGCGAUGGCGAGGGGGCGGCGCCGCGUGCGGAGGCGGGGGGUGGUGGGGCCGGUGAAGGGAGACAUGUGGCUGCUGCGCGUGAGGCGGCGCAUGCUGGAGCCUCACACACAGGACCCGGUGUUCAUGAGUGAAGAUAUGAUCGAGGAGAAGGAGCGAGCCAUGGAGGCUCUGGGGAGCACGCCUGCGGGGCGUGAAACUCGAGCUCGCAUGCAGAGUGACGUUGUUGCUUCAGACAUGUCGGCGUUCAAAGCUGCAAACCCCGGGGCAGUGCUAGAGGACUUUGUGCGCUGGCACUCGCCCAACGACUGGCUGCCAAUCACAAGCGCGGAUGAGGGCUCUGAUGACGUGGAUGAUUACGAUGAUGAGUAUGACGAUGGUGGUAGGCGGUACGGGAGGGAUGAUGAUGAUAGGUACGGCCGGGGCGACCGGUAUGAGGAUCGGGAGGACAGGUACAGAAGGGGAGGAGGCAACAGGUACGGAAGGGGAGAGGAGGAGCGGUACAGGAGGGAUGAUAGCCUGAGGGACAGGGAUGAUAGCUUUAGGGACGCGAGUGGGAGGUUCAGUGACAGCGGGAGGUAUGGGGAGAGCGGGAGGGAGAGGGAGAGGGAGAGGGAGAGGGAGGAGGGCAGAGAGUAUGGUGGCGGAGGCAAGAGUUCGAGGGAAGGGGACUCUGAUUUAGACCCGGAUGGAACCCGCGGUGGGAACGAGGAGAAGGAGAGCUCUCCUUCUCGCCGCCGCAGCAGCAGUCCCGGGAAGGACAAGGAGGAAGAAGAUGAGUUUUUUGAAGCGGCUCAGGAAGAGAAGUCUGGAGAUACGGUGGCUGGUGAGGGGCAGGCAGCAGGGGCGGGUGGAGAUGCUGGGAAGGAGGAUGGCGUUGAGAAAGUGGAGGAUGGGGAGAAGGGAGGCGAGGAAGAGAAGGGUGAAGAGGUAGGGGAGAGUGUGGCGGAUGGUGGGAAAGGAGUGGAGAAGGAGGGUGUGAAAGAGAUUGAGGUUGAGGGUGGUUCAGGGGAUGAGCCGAGGGUGGAAGGGAGUAAGAAAGCUGUGGAGAAAGGAGAGAGGGAGGAGGACAGGGACAACAGCGAUAGGGAGAGGGAGAGGGAUGAGAGCGAUAGGGAGAGAGGUAGGGAUAGGGAAGAGCUCAAAAGGAGGGAGGAGGAGAGGGAGAGGUACCGAAGCCCAGAACCUGACAGUGACCCAGAGAGGGAGAGGGAGAGGGAAAGGGAGAGAGAGAGGGAGAGGGGAAGGGGCAGGGGGGGCAGGGGGCGAGAGGACGGGGAGUACAGUGACGACCGCGAGGAGUGGGACGAGUUUGGCGAGCGGCGCCGCGGCCGAGACAGGCGCGACGACCGUGACGACCGUUACCGAGACGACCGGGACCGGGAUGAUCGUGAUGAUUAUGACGAGCGCGACUGGAGGGACGAUGACGUCAGGAGGCGGGGCGGGCGGCGGGACAGCGAGGAGCACGAGCGUGGCGGGCGCAGGGGCGGGAGAGGGAGAGGGGGCGGCAGUGGGAGAGGUGCUGGUGGGGCCGGUGGGAGCAGGCGGCGGCGGCACCGCGUGGAUGGGUCGGGGUGGCCGCCGAGGGGCCGGCUGUCGGAGCGCAUGGAGGAGGUGCAUGGCAACCUGUGGCGCGAGCUGUGGGACAGCGCUGAGCCUGAACCUGCUCAUGAGCAGAGGCCUAUUUUCCACUUCGACCUGGAGGGCGAGAAGAUCCUGCACUACUUAGACACGGUGGUACCGGAGGAGUUGCUGGGGCAGCUGCUGGCGACGUGCUUCUCGUCGGCUGUGCUGCUGUUGGGUCGCGACCAGGGGGGGCGAGAGGAGCCGGUUGCGGAGCAGAGGCAGCGCGUGGCGGGCAUGGUUUCCAGCAUGUGGCAGUGGCUGGACGAUCAGAGCGCUGGCAGUUGCUCCGACGAACGAGUCGAAGACUUGGAGGUGCUGCUGAGGGCGUUCACGCGCAUGGAGGCCACAGCCAUGGUGGCGGCGUCACUGUGGAAGCGCCUGCAGGGCUGCUCACGGCUGGUGGCCAAACUGCUGUCCGAAAGGGCCCUCAACGCCACUGAUGUGCCGUCUGUGCGCCUGCUGCCCGCUCCCAUCCGUCUUCCGCAUCUGCCUGAGCCGGACAGCCGAACGGACGAAUGGCGGGUCGUGGGUAGGCUAUGGCAGGAGAAGGAACCUUCGGGCAGCAGCAGCAGCGACACCACUGGAGCAACCAGCAGCACCCCUGGCAGCAGCAGCAGCAGCUCCUCUGCUGCUCCCCCACUCCCCCCUGCUGCCGCCAAGGCUUCUGGCGGGGGGCGACGCAUGGGGAACCUGCUUUACAGGCACGAGCCCACAGAGCGUGAGGUUAUUUUCACAUCGCCAGCGUUUGUGAUUUUCAACACGGUGGACGAGGAGGAUGCGGCGACGGGCGCUGUGGCGUCGAGGGACUCGGUGGAGAUUGUGAAGCACCAGCUGUAUGCCAAGGCAAGCUUGGAUGACCUCACUCUUGCGCUCAAGGUUGCUGCGCAGGAGUAG